GGCGGGAACUGCGGCUCCCCGGAUGCCCCACGGCGGCCCGCGGCCGUCUGCCCCCUCCCUGCCGUCCCACCGCCUCCUCCCGCGGCUACGUGACAGCGAGAGCCGGCGAUGGACGAAAGCAAAGGCGAGGGCGCGGGGAGGCGGCGGCGGCCGCUUCGCUUCCGGGGGAGAGGACGCGGCGUCAUGUGACCCCAAGAUGGCUGCGGGGCUGCGGCGGCCGUGAGGGAGGCGGCUGAGCGGCGCCGGGCCAUGGCGGAGGCGUGAGGCGAGCGGAGGCGGCGGGAGCAGGGGGCUGAGGUUGCGGGAGGGGGCCUCCCGCAGGGCCCGGCGGUGGCGGGUCUGGACGCUCCGGGGAGGGCCUCGCCGCUCCAUGUCGGUCCCCUCCUGCGGGAAAUAUGAUCAGCGCCCCUGACGUGGUGGCCUUCACCAGAGAGGAGCAGUUGGACGAUGCGCUGUACAGCGAGCCGCCCCUGCCCGAGGAGUACUCGGUGCCUCUCUUCCCCUUCUCCAGCCACGGUGCCAACCCCUGGGCCAAGGUCGCCAGCUCCAAGUUCACCCGGGACUUCAUCCUCAUCUCCGAGUUCUCGGAGCAAGUGGGGCCUCAGCCCCUCCUGACCAUCCCCGAUGACGCCAAAGUGUCGGGCACCUUCGACCUCAACUACUUUUCCCUGCGGAUCAUGUCUGUGGAUUACCAGGCGUCCUUCGUGGGGCACCCUCCCGGCUCUGCCUACCCGAAGCUGAACUUUGUGGAGGACUCCAAGGUGGUGCUGGGGGACUCGAAGGAAGGGGCCUUCGCCUACGUCCACCAUUUGACUCUGUAUGACCUCGAAGCCAGGGGUUUCGUCAGGCCCUUCUGCAUGGCCUACAUUUCUGCUGACGAGCACAAAAUCAUGCAGCAGUUUCAGGAACUCUCCGCCGAGUUCUCCAAAGCCUCUGAAUGCCUCAAGACAGGGAACAGGAAAGCCUUCGCGAACGAACUGGAGAAGAAGCUGAAGGAUCUUGACUACACGAGGACUGUGCUGCACAACGAGACUGAGAUACAGAAGAAAGCCAACGACAAAGGGUAUUACACCACCCAAGCCAUCGAGAAGGCCAACGAGCUGGCCAGCGUGGAAAAGUCCAUUAUCGAGCACCAAGAUCUGCUGAAACAGAUCAGGUCGUAUCCCUACAGGAAGCUGAAGGAGUCCGACUUCCACCCCUAUGAGCCAGAGUGUGCGCUGGAGCAGGCUGACGCGGGCAGUGAGCAGGACCCGGCAGCCUCAGACCUCGCUGAGGCCGGUGAAAUGCAACUUUACAAUCACAUGCCCUCCUAUACCCCCAAGCUCAUCAAAGCCAAGUCUGCCAAGUGCUUUGACAAGAAGCUCAAGACGCUGGAGGAACUCUGCGACGUUUAUUUUUUCACCCAGACCCUCGACCAGUUGUACCAGAUCGAGAGGACUUUCAGAGGGGACAUGUGCUAUCUCCUGACAGAACAGAUCAGCCGGGCACUUCUAAAGCAGCAAAGAGUAACCAACUUUCUUUUCGAGGAUGUGUCCCUUCUGGACGAGAAACAACCUGAAAACCAGUACAGAGGCUGCCAGGGGCUCGGUCACGAUGACAUCGAUAGAAAGUGUUUGGAAGAGUCCUCGGCCCCUAAAGUGGUCAUCAGCCUGGGCUCCUACAAGUCCAGCGUGGAGUGUGUGCCCAUCAAGAUGGAGCAGGAAAUGAAGGACUCCCAGGAGUCCAGAAUGUCCGAGUCCGUCACGUUCGAGCAGCAGGACAACCUGGACUACCUGGACGCGGAUCUCAAAGGCAGCAUCAGCAGCGGCGAGAGCAUCGAGGUCCUGGGGACCGAGAAGUCUGCGUCUGGCCUGACGAAAUCGGAGAGCCAGGCCAGCCUGCCUGUCAGCCCCAGCCCCCAGGCGGGCAGGAGCAAGGUGGGCAGCCGGCGCACCGUCAGCGAGGACAGCAUCGAGGUGCUCAGCACCUGCCCCUCCGAGGCGCUCAUCCCGGAGGAUUUCAAGGCCAGCUACCCAAGUGCCAUUAACGAGGAGCCCUACGCGGAUGACGAAGACGGGGGCCUGCGCUUCGCCCCCAAGCCGGCCCCGGCCGGCGCUGAGCAGCGGGAGGACGCUGCCAACCAGGAAGCCCUGGUGCAGGUCGAUUCCGCCUGUUGCAUCGGGAAGGAGAGUCCCGGCUUCCUCGAGCCUCUGGCCGAGCUGGGGCAGAAGCCCUGCGACGAGGACGGGGUGGUGAGGAUCCCCCCGCAGCCCUACCGUGAGGCCGAGCAGGGGCUGCACGGGGCCUUCGGGGGAUUCCCCUCCCACGAGGGCGUCUCGGGGGGGCUCCUGCCCUACGAGCUGGACUCUCGCUACCUCACGGGCAGCAGGGAGGUCAGUAAGAGCAGCCUGGACGAGUGCUCGGACUCCACCAGCUACAUCAGCAGCGCCGCCUCCACGUGCUCCGACAGGACGCCGUCCCCCGCGCACCCCGGCUGCCGGGCGGGCGACAGGCACAGGAAGAGGGCUGGCCAGGGCGCGCUGCGCUUCAUCAGGCAGUACCCCUUCGCCCACCCCGCCAUCUACUCCCUGCUCAGCGGCAGGACCCUGGUCGUGCUGGGGGAGGAGGAAGCCGUCGUGAGGAAGCUGGUGACGGCGCUCUCCAUCUUCGUGCCCAACGGCGCCGUUUACGCCAAGCCCGUGAAGCACUGGGUCACCUCCCCUCUGCACCUGCUGGAUUUCCAGAAGUGGAAGCUGAUCGGGCUCCAGAGGACGGGGUCUCCCGGGGGGGUGAACGUGCUGCACGCCCUGAGCCGCUACAGCCGCUACGUCAGCAUCCUGGACACCGACAGCAAGACCCUGCGCUGCCCGCUUUACAAAGGCACCGUGGUGUCCCGGCUGGCCGACCACCGCACCCAGAUCAAGCGCGGAAGCACCUACUAUAUGCACGUCCAAAGUAUCCUCACCCAGCUGUGCUCAAAAGCCUUCCUCUUCGCCUUCUGCCACCAUUUGCACCUUCCCAUCAGCGAAAGGGAACCCGAGGAAUCCGUUGUGAAUCGCAGGAUGAACUUUCUGAAGCUUCAGCUGGGCCUUGCCAAUGAAGAUAUCAAAAUCGUGCAGUACCUAGCGGAGCUACUGAAGCUGCAGUACAUUCAGGAACCCGGCCAGGGGGGCAGCCCCCUGCUCAGAUUUGACUACGUUCCCAGCUAUUUGUACAAAAUCUAGCCUUGCAGGGGCUGUCUGCCUGCGUGCUCUGAGCCUGACAAAGCUCAUCCGUGCUUGACAUUGACGCUGACUGCGGUAGCUCUCACACGGCGGGAAGGGCCGGAGAAGCCGAUGCAUUUGCGCCCUCUGCUCCACAGAAAUCCGUGUCUGGACUUCUGUGGUCUUCCCCGUAGCCAAGAACGUAGAUGUUCCAUCCCAUAAACCACCAGGCAUUCUGGUUUUCAGCAUUACAAGGGGCACUGUGAACUUGUGAAGCGUAUCGUGGCAGCGUCCCAGGGGGAUUACGGCGCGGGGAGAGAGGUGUGGGCUGGCUUGGGGAUCAGUACUUACUAGUGUGCAGCCACCCAGAUAACUCACUGUUCUGCACACUUCUGCCAGAGCCCUAAAUGCGGUGGGUCCCUUUCAUGGAGUCAGGACUGAGACUAGAGGGGAGAUGUAAUGGCCACGUCAAGUUUUUUCACCAGUGUCUCGGGGGCGUGUAGCCCAGAAGGUCCCUGGCAGAGUGGAAGCUUGCAGUUGCCUGUCCAUGUGUUGUGGUGGGAGAUAGUGUGGCCCUUGGUGCAUUUUUCUGAGUUUCCUGGCACUUCCCAGGACAGAUUUCUGGUUUUUUUUCUCAGUUUUGUUGAAAUCUGGGAUGGAGAAGAAGUUUCUAACACUGGCAAGCACCAAGGCACCUGCUGCUGUGAAUGUAGAGCCCUGUGCCUUGUUCACGUGUCACAUCCUGUUUGCUGGGCAACCUCUGAGAACGGUGGGAGAGAGACUGGGAGUCCUCAAAACGUGUGAGGUUGAGGGUGGACAUUUAAGGAAAGAGGGGGAACUGAACAGUGUUUGUGGGGACCCCUCAUUUUUAGGUGCUUUUUGUGAUGGGGAAACUAACUUCAAUUCAGCUGAAGCUACGCAGUGAGACAGCAGGCUGCCUGGCUGGGGAGAUACCAGGGCUGGGGAGAGACAGGGGAUGAAUGUACUGGAUUCUAUGUGGUAUCCAAAAUACUUUCUUUUGGUUUUGUUUUGGUUCUUUGUUUUUGUUUUGUUUUGUCAGGGACUUGACUUUAGUGCUUUGUGGUAAAGCAGGGUCAGGGUCACUGCAUGCUGCUGCUUUGCUGAGCCUUUGGCAUGUCUCGACUACCUCUCCCAGGACACUCCUGGGUAGAUCUGGACAAGGCAGAACUGCUGCUCUCCCAGCCUGGAUGCUGAGGGCUUUCCUUCCAAAGCUCCUGUGCCAUAAAGGUUGUGCUGCCAACAUGGUGAUGCUCCCAGGUUGUUCCUGUUGGUGCAGAAGGCUUUGUGCAUGGGCAUGUCUCCUCCAGUCUUGUAGGAGAUGCUGGUCACCAGUCCCGGGCUGUGCUCUGCUCUGCCUCGUGCUGUGUGGCAGCAGCAGCAGCCUCCGUGGUACCUCCUACACAAGAAGAGCCUUGCUAGGAAAUACAUUCUUGGUUUUAUUUGUGUUUAGCAGUCUUCUGAUGAUGGGAUGAGAUUGUACAGGAUGAGCUGAUGCCCUGUUUGGUUUGGAUGUUGUUUAAACCUCUGUUUACUAUGGUGAUGUGAGGCGGUGCUGGAGAUGAAUGUGAUGCUACCUCUGUGCCUGGGGAAGUCCCUGUGAAGACACCGAUGUCUGUCAGUCUGGUUUAAACCCCUCUGUGAGAUCUGCACUGCUCCAGAACCUGUCCCAAAGGUGAGAGGGCCCUUGGGAAGGCUGAUGUUUGGCCCCAGUGUCUGUGUUUCAGUACAGCUACUGGAACAGGCUGUGGGCCAGUGCGGGGGGUGUGAGCCCUCAGGGCAGAGGCUAUUUUAAAUGGCAGCGGUGUUUCUGGUGGCCUAUAGUGAGGCCAGCUCAGUGGGGCAAGCUGAGCUUGUGGCAUUCUCCAGAGGGAUUUCCAAGGUCAGGGGCUGUUGUGAGGGUGUGUUUAGGUCAUGGUUGGGAAGCAGCGUGGCGUUGCCUUUGCCAAAGGGAGAGGUGUGCCGGUGCUUGGGGCUGCACCCCUUUGAAGGAUGUUUCAAGGCCUUUUCUUUUCCUAACUGUAUCUCUUGUCCCACAUGAACUGGGUCUGCUGGUGACAGGCUUCCAUGCCUGUCACAAACCCCUACUUUCUGAACUGACCUGAGGCAUCUCCUUGUCGAUUCGUGUACUCUUGAGUGACUUCCACACUAAAGCCGAGGCAAGAUUCUGCCUGACCCCAGCUCUGGAGAAGUGCUCAGCAUUGGAGCUUGCUUCCUACUAGAAAACAACCUGAUGCUGUUUGGCUUGGAGAAGGGAGGGAUGAACAUUUAUCCUGCUGACUCACUCAUGUCUUCCUCCAGAGUGGCAGAGAAGGGUGGAUGGUUGGGGUUGACUGAUCAGUCACAGCCACCUCGACCUGUGGUAGUCAGUUGCACUCAUAAAUUGGUAACUAACUUGCUUCUCUUUGCUCCCUCUACCAAGCCUGUAGUAUCUGAUAUUCAAGGCUGUGUGGAGCAAUACUUGCACUACCCCCCAGCUGACCUGCUCCAUCUCUCUCCCCCAGAGCAGCUCUGAUUUGGGAGGCUGCCCUGGGGGCUUUGCUGGGACUUCACUUCAAACCAGGAGCUCUGCGCUCUCUGCAGCUCGGCUCUGGAGCAGGAGCUGCGGAGACACGUGGUGUGCUUCUCCUCCUAGAGCUGGCUCAGUGCAGGGCAACGGCUGAGCUCCCGCUCCAGGAGAGGGGGAGUUACACUGGGCUGUGGCACCUCGGUGCAGCGGUGCCCAGCUGGCCCUUGCUGCAAUCAGGAGGGAUCUGAGUGGAGCUGGUAGUUCGGGAGCUGAAGUCCUCCUUGCUCAGUAACCUCUCAGUCUGACCGUCUGCUCCUGUACAGUAACGAUCCCUGUAUCGGCACUUUAAGACUUUUUCCUCAUCUCACUGUGUUACCUCACUCGUUUCCAAUAUUAUCAGACUUGUAACAAGUUCCACCUUCGCACUGACUGCAACCAACCCAGGUCUGUGCCGUCCCGUGUCGCCGUCCCGCCAUCGUCCUGGCCCAGGCAGGGCAGGCUCCGGGCAGCCGCAGCGCGAUGUGCUCGGGCCCUGCCUCCCUGCCCGCCUCCCUCCCAGUGCUGCGGGACUCCGCAUGGCCGCCGCCUGCUUCUGUGAGUGCUGCCCGCAUGCCCCCGCCUCCCGCACGCACGCUCUGCUGCCCGCCUCUCUCUCUCUCUCUCUCUGGGGGAGCGGAGGCUUUUAAGCCUGAUGGGGAAUUCUUCAGAUAAAGUCUCCCCUGUCCUUCUGCCAGGAGCACAGGGCUCCCUUCUCCUGCUCUGCUCUAUGCUAACCCGAUGCUUUCAGAUCCCCGCCAGGAGGAUCAGCCAUAGGAGUGGGCGAUACUAACCCUACACAGGUUUCAUUUCUCAGAGAAUAGUGCUCGGAUUUACUGUCAUCCAGUAGCAAUCACUUCUGUAGGCAGCUCCAGAGCUGCUUUGCCUUGCCUGGGGAAGUACUGCCUACACUCUAGCAAUAUUCACCACUUUGUAUGGGGUGGGAGAGGCAUGUCAGGGGGGAGAGCUGCCAGCUCUCUGCCCCUGGACUAUGGCUUUGGUUUUGGUUGAGCUUGGGGGGCCGUCACCCCCCCCUAGUCUAGCAGUGGGUGACCACUCAGGCUGUGGAUUCAGUGUCUCAGAGAGCAGGGCAGUGCUGGGGGCUCAUCACUGCACUUUGAAAAGACUCCAGUAAGGAGGCGGGUUGGGAAUUGAGGCUGAAGGGGAGCACCUGGCCCCGGGCCAGCCCCCAGCACAGCCUUGCAGCAGGCUGCACCCCGCCAGCAGAGGGGCCUCCAGCCCACCCCUUUUAACUGGAAGGCAGAAGCACAGGGUAGCUGGGCCCACAGGCCGCCUGGGCGCUGGCCCUGGGCUGGGCGCAGAGCCGUGAGGAGGCUGCAGUGGAGUCUCAUCUUCUUUUAAAGCACUGUAUCAUCCUAUUACUGCAUGUGGAGUUGGUGUGUGUGCCUGUGCGUGCCGGAUGCUUGCGGCGGUAGUUAGAGCGAGUGUGACCGGGAGAAAUCCCUGAAGCAUGUCUUAGUGUCGUGCUGUAAGUGUUACUGCACAAGAGUUUAACAGACGUUAACACCAAAUGACUAGUCUGAGAAAUGUACUUUUAAAAACAAAAAAUUAUUUAUUUGGGUUGAGAUAUUUUUGAAAUACAAAAAAACCCAACUUGGUUGUAUUUUUUAAAGCUUCUACUUCUUGUCAUACAGUGUGGUUACAUUCUUAAUUUUAUCGUGCUUAUUAAAAAAUGGUUCUACCUAAAGCUUUGUGCUCGAGAGGUCUGA